AUGCAUAAAAUGGCAACACCACCUCCUGUACAAGGAACCCUGCAGCUGGAGUCUGGAGGACUACCGUCCUUUCAGCGGGGAACACGCUGGGUAAACCCUAGCCUUUCUCCUGCCAGUGGAGCCCAGGAAAGCCCGGUCCUGCCCUGGAUUUUGAAAUACUUAAUAAUUCACUGGAAGUGUGAAACAGCAGAAGGAGCGUUGCUAGAAGGACAGCUAGUGAUUUCCAUAGAAGCAUCAAAUUCUAAGCACCAGGCAGAUACUCUUCAUUGUGUAACAACUAUUACUUCUGCAGGAAGCAUUUUUGGUGGUUUGGUCUGCAAGACAUUUCUAAAAGAAAUGCAAUCUAUACUGCCCGGAUUCUCUGCCAACCUGGACGGGACUUCGGAGGAAGCCAGCUGUUCUCAGGACGUAUCAAGGGUGACACCUUUCCAGAUGACUUUUGAGGCUGAUGAAAAGCCCAGAACUUUGGUGACAGAUAGUCUGGUUAUAAAGAAUUUUUUACGCAAGAUUGUCAUGGUGCACCCUAAGAUUAGAUUUAAUUUCAGUGUAAAGAUGAAUGGAGUCCUCUCUACAGAAAUCUUUGGGUCAGAGAAUGAACCAACUUUGAACCUGUCGAAUGGAAUUGCUCUUGUUGUAAACUGUCAGCACUAUAUGAGUAGACCAACAUGUGGUUCAACUCAGUUACUCUGCAGCAGAAUCCAUCCUGUUCUAGGACAUCCAGUGAUGCUUUUCAUCCCCAGUGGUGUGGCUGGCACGGACUUGUCGGGGGAGUUGGUGCUGACUCCAGCUGCCGCUGUGUGUCCCUGCCCAAAGAUCUCUUCCAACCAGCUGAAUAGGAUUUCUUCAGUUUCCGUAUUUCUAUAUGGACCUUCAGGUCUGCCUCUGAUAUUGCCAAGCCAGGAACAGUCAAUUACUACUGUCUUCAAAGAUAUCUCUUAUUUCAUUGACUGGAAAAAAUACCACUUGUGUAUGGUGCCCAACUUGGAUCUUGAUUUGGAUAGAGACAUGGUGCUUCCAGACAUGAGUUAUCAGGUGGAAUCCAGUGAGGGGCAUCAGUCUCAACAUGUGGACCCUCGGGGACAAACUCUGCUGCUUAUUCUUUUUGUGGAUUUCCACAGCGGGUUUCCAGUCCAACAAGUGCAACUCUGGGGAGUGCACGCUUUGCUCACAGCUCAUCUCAGCGCCAUCCUCAGGGAGAGCUGCAGCAUGGUGCAAGAGUCCAUCCAGCUUGCCGUGGACCAGGCCCUGGAGCAGCACCACCAAGCUGCCAAGGCUCAUCAGAAACUACAGACCUCACUCGCAGUGGCUGUGAAUUCCAUCGUGAGUAUCGUGACCGGCAGCACCAGCCGCAGCUUCCGAAAGAUCUGCCUUCAGGCCUUUCAGGCGGCUGACACACAGGAGCUUGGGACCAAGCUGCACAGAUCCUUUCAUGAGGUCACUCAGCACCGAGUUCUUCACCACUGCUCAUGCGAAGUGAAGCAGCAACUGCUCCCAGAGAAAAAUGACACAGAGGACAGAACAAAGAAUGCGCACGAGGACAGCAGCUGGGAGCUCCUCGUAGGGGCCAGCGGACAAGCAGAAAACAAGAGGCUCAGGAAGGGCAGCCUCCGCCAGGUCGUGGAGGGAACGCGGGCUUUCCCCCUUGUCAGCGGCCCGAGGCCGUCGGAGGCUGUCCUGCGCAGCGCAGAGCCCCCCGUGGCCUCCCUGACUCCUGUCGGAAGCAGGGCGGGCCCCGGAGGCGGCCCGGAGGACGCGCUCUGGCUGCAGGAGGUCUCCAACCUUUCGGAAUGGCUGAAUCCCAGCACCUGAGCCGAGCCCUCUCCCCAGGCGUCCAAACCAGCCUGGCAGAGGUUGAGGCCACGUGUAGUCUGUUGUUCAAUAAACGAGGUCCGAGCGCGCCGGGUCUGU